AUGACAAAGAUAUUAUGCAUUGGUCUAGGUGGUGUAGGGGUUAUUGGUGCUUAUGCACUCGAGAAGUUUAACUCCGAUGUACAAGUCACAGCAGUGAUCCGUUCAGACUAUGAUAAGGUUACUACUGAAGGUUAUACUAUUCAUUCCUGUGAUUAUGGAGGACUCAUUCCCAAUAAGGGAAUUGAUCCAGAGAAUGCAAUAAAGGAAUAUAAACCAAAACACGUAGUUAAAUCUGUAGAAAAUGCUGCAGAAUUCGGUCCGUUCGAUUAUAUAGUUAUCUCUACUAAAGUAACUCCUGGGCCCAAAGGCACUAACAUCUGGGAUCAGGUUGCCGAACUUCCACAAUUGUUGUACGACGGCAACGCAGAGGAAAAGACCUCACUCGUAUUAAUUCAAAAUGGGAUUGAUAUCGAGAGAUAUUGGUCUGCAGUAGCUUCCAAGGUAACCAUGAUUAGUGGGGUCACCUAUAUCUCUUCGAUCAAUAACAAUGCCGUGGUAACACAGUUUACCAAAGAUAUGCCAUUGCUUGGAUUAUUUGAGAAGGUCCAAACUAAACAGGAUUUAGCAGCCUUGGAUAAGUUCAUCGGGCUAUACUCAAAUCCACACAACGCCGCCAAGAGAGAUGAUAACGUUAGGUUGACGAGAUGGAAAAAGCUUCUCUACAAUUCUAGUUUCAAUACUGUUUGCUGUUUGACUGAUUUAGAUGUUGGACAUGUAUUUUUCCUGAAUGUAGUUUCUGAUGUCAUUACUCCAUUGAUGCAGGAAGUGAAAUUGGUAGCUAAUGAAGAUUUAAAGCAAAAUUACCAAUCUCUGGAAUUUGUCACUCAAGAUGAUAUUGAUACAAUGCUAGACCUCACCGAAAAGCACAAUACCAAGAAUCACUACACACCUUCAAUGCUUGUAGAUUUAAGAAAUAAUAGGCAGAUCGAAUUGGAAAUCUUGCUAGGAAAUGUCGUUAGUGUAUACAAGGAAACUACCAAGAACGACCCGAAGCUACAAAUUCCAUAUUUAAACCUUUUAAAUUACUUAUUAACUAUGGUACAGUAUAGAAUUAAAUUAAACAAGAAGUGA